CUAGGCAAGCAGACUGCUUCUACAAACAUUUGUGAAAGAAUCGGUCGCUCUCAGGAGCUCAGUGAAUUCAAGCCUGGUACCGUGAUAGGUUGCCACCUGUGCAAUAAGUCCAUCCUUGAAAUUUCCUUGCUACUAAAUAUUCCACGGUCAACCGUUGGUGGUAUUAUACCAAAGUGAAAGCAACUGGGAACAACAGCAACUCAGCCACCAAGUGAGCAAGGUCAGUGCAUGCUGAAUCGCACAGUGGAUUGACGAAUCACGCUUCUCUGUCUGGCAAUCCGAUGGACAUGUCUGGGUUUGGCAGUUACCAGGAGAGCUGUACUUGCCUGAUUGCAUUGUGCCAAGUGUAA